AUGAAAACAAACAAAGUAGAAGAGUUACAAAUUCGAUUAAAACAAUUAUCCGAUAAAGAUUUGCAAACGAUUGGCGAAGAACUGAAAACAAAUAGAAGUAUAAGAUGUGUUUGUAUUGAAGAUCCUCUUCGAUUAGAAUCAGAAAGUCAAUCGAUUGAAUAUAUCAUAAAUGCAUUAAAAGCAAAUCAAUCAAUCAACUCGUUCGAGCUUCAUGGAUAUGAAGACUUUUCUGAUUGUUCACAUAUUGUUGCACAAGUUUUAAACAUCAAUCAACGAAUCACAACGUUGUCGUUUGCUUCGACUUCACUCACAGAUAAUAGAUUGCGGAUUAUUAUUAAAUCAGUAUCUACAUUACAAGAUCUGGUGGUUCAGAACGAUUCCUCACUUACUAUACAAACUGCCGAAAUAUUUGCUAAACUACUUCGUACAACCAAAACUUUACGACGUUUGGAACUUUUGACUUUGAAUCAAUGCGAUGAUCAAUGGGUGAAAAUUAUUUCAGAGGCAGUAAAUGCAAACAAUACUUUGCAUCGCUUGUCGAUGCAAUUUACCUCAAUCGGUGAUAAAGGCGCUCAGAUAUUUGGUGUGAUGUUAGCAAAAAAUAAAACAUUAAAAGAUUUAACAAUCCGUGGCUGUAAAAUAAAUAAUGUUGGCGCAAUAGCGUUGGCCGAAGGACUGAAGAAUAAUAUAGUAUUGAGAGAAUUAGACUUAUGUUACAAUGACUUUGGAGAAUCAAGUGACGGUGGUAAAGCUAUUCUAAAUGCAAAAUACAACUUGCUUCAACUUCAUUUAUGGUAUGAUACACUUGACUAUAUCCAUACAAUGGAAGAGUUCAUCCGCAAGACGAUUGAACGUGCAAAACUCUCGAUCAGUCAAGAAUUGUCUAAAGUAUCAAACAAACGAAGUGCUGAUAGAUCCAAAUUAGAUAUUCUUCGUGAAGCUUUGGAUCAAUUACUUGAAUCAGAUUUAUCCGAUAAUGAUUCAAUACGAUUAUUGAGUCGACAACUAAACCGAUUUAUGAAUCAUGACAAACAGAGUAAGUUUUGCAUUGAUUUGUAUGAUUAUUUGCUUUAUAUAUUGAAAAAACCAAACGGAAAACACGAUGUCAGUGGUAAUUCAAGGCAUUUUCACAAAAUGCUCAAUUACGAGAAAGAAUUAGAAUUACGUGAAUUACAAUAUCAUCAGACGAUACCAUCACAAAAGAUGUUAUACGAAUUUAUUGAUGAACACAAAGUAUUUCUUCAAAAAUAUCUUCAACAAUGUAUUUGUCUUCAUUCACAAAUCGAAAUAUCAAGUUUACUAGACAAUAUCAAUGAUUUUCUUUAUAACAAUUAUGGAUUACAAUACAUGUCACUUUCUGAAAAAAUUCAACAAAAUCUCAAAGACAAACUGAAAUACUUUAGAAUAUCUCUCGACUUCUCCAAUAGAGAAUUGUUCAAACGCAGCUCUCUAUUUUCCACAGAUAUGAAUUCGAACAAACCCAUCAAUGAUAGACUGAAUACCUUUUUAACUUCUGCUGAACUAAAAACGUUCGGUGCGGGUCCAGACAUCAACCAUGUCUUGAAAUCUUACAGAUGGAUUGUGAUUCUGGGAGAUCCGGGAGAUGCGAAAACUACUCUUCUCCGUUCCAUUACUCGCAUGUAUGCUGAAGCAAUGCUUAUCGACGCGAAAGACAUACGUUUGACGGAAAAUAAAGAUUCAAUAAUUCGUGUUCCUAUUCUAAUUCGAAUCGGUGAAUUUGCAUCAUGGCUUAAACAGAAUCCAACGAGGAAAUUAAUGAAUUAUAUCGGUAAACAUACAUGGUUUUCCAGAAGAUAUUGUGACAAUGAAAACGAGUAUGUUUGGAAAGAAUUAAUAUAUAAUGGUCAUGCUUUAAUUCUUCUUGAUGGACUUGAUGAAAUUUCUCAUGUUCAAGAAAGAAGAGAAAUUGUUAAAAUUGUUCACGAAUUUAUUGAUCAAUACGUUAAGGAUCCUUAUUUUGUUUCCGCAUUCGAUGAACAAUUAUACGGUACGAAUUCCUACGCCACACAAUCGCCAAGUAAACCUGGUGGUAAUCAAAUAAUUAUUACAAGCCGAAUUAUUGGAUAUGAUAUGAAUCCACUCGUUGGUACUUUUAUAGAACAUUACGUACUGAAGAUGGAUGAUAAAGAAGCUAAAGAAUUUGCACAAAAAUGGAUGUCGCAAGUUGAAAAGUUUGUAGAUGAAAUUUUAUUGAAUGAACAGAUUUCUCUUGAUCAACAAACAAUGAAAAUUUUAUCGGAAAAACGGAGGAAUACUCUUGAAUCAAUGUUCGAAAAAUGUUCAGACCGAUUUCUAUUAAAUCCUUCAUUAUUAAAUUUACUUUGUACAAUUAUUUUUCGAUCAUCAAAUGAGUUCGAACCGAAAUCUCGAGUAGAAAUUUACGAUCGUAUUGUUCAAUCGGCCUUACGUUCUUGGAGAAAUUACGAACCAACAAUAUCUGAAGAUUCGUUUAUGAAUUUUUUAAUUAAUCUUUCAACUUACAUUCAUUUAGAAUCAUCAUCUGGACUUAUCGAUACGUUUGAUAUAACACGAUUCGCACGUUUAACUUUAAAACAACACAAUGUUUAUAACAAUCGUGCAGAACUUCAUGAAUCUGCGGAUGAAUUAAUAAAAGCUUUAGAAUCUUGCAUGGGAAUUGUCGCUGAACGAGGUUUAGAUGUGUAUGGAUUUGAACAUUUAUCAUUUCAAGAAUAUUUUUUUGCACGAUCUUUAAUAAAUCAAAAUAAGACAACAUAUAAUUUCAUUAAUAAUAUUGGACAUCGACUUAUUUUACAUUCAACGAAUUUUCGUUUUUAUGAAUCAAUUCAUUUAGCUCUCGGUUGGAUUAGUUGGAAAUGGGCAUUGGAUGAUUAUGAAAAAUUAUGUCAGUAUCUGGUUACAUCAAAUGAAAAUUAUACUAUUCCAUUGGGAACACUUCUUCUCUUUGAUGUUUACAAUGAUUUAGUAAAAUUACCCUCAGAAUCAAUUCUUUUUACUGCACUUGAUAAUAUAUUAUUUCAUCCGAUAGAUACUGUCGUACAACAAUGUUUAAUACUGAAUUUAUUUAAGUUACCUGAUGAAAUUAUCAAAACUUGGAUGUCAACUUCUCAUUUCAAGGAUGAAAAGUCUCUUUUCAGAUUUUGUCAAUGUUUCUUAAUUCAAUGCAAAACAUCACGUGAUAAACAUUCACUUGAUUUUGUCGAAGAGAAAAUAUCUGUUAUUUGUCAACAACUGUUCACAAUUCGCAACGAAAAUGCAUCAAUUGAAUCCAUUAUUGAUCAAACUAUUCGAAGAAUAAUGUCGACAAGCUUUGCAUCUCAUGCGAUUAUCAAUCGAAAUCUUCGAUUCGAUUUUGAACAACACAAGAUCGAUGAAUCUAACAUUCAUCCACUGAUAUUAUCGGUUCUUAUUGUAGUUUCUGGUGGCAUCACCUUCCGUAACGUAUGGCUUGAAGAAAUUUGUUGGUCAUCUGAAUUCAUAUGUCGUGAUUCGUCAGUCAUCAAACCAAUUCUAAAAUAUCUGAUGAAUAAUGAAGAAUCUGAUUUAAUUCAAAUUGAAAAACUUGUCGAACAAUUUGAAAACACGAUCAAUGAAGUUGAACAAUCGAAUACAUCAAUUGAAAUUAUCGACACUUUCAUUGCGUUAAUCUGUUUAAAAGGAUUUUCAAACGUUUUUAUUAUUCGAAAGUAUCAUCAAUAUGAAGCAUUAACUAUGGCAUUUCAACAAAUUAAACGAGCAGCGUCUAUUCUGAAAGUGUUUUUCACAAAUGAACGUCUCGAUUAUUAUGCACAUGACGAAUAUUCAUUUCGAAGUAUAGUUAUAUCAAUUAUCAAAAUGUUCUUUUCACAAUUUCAUCAAGAUGCUCAAUUACAUGAAACUUACUCAAAAACAUAUCGAAAUACAUUGGAUCAACUUGAGAUUAAAUGGACAUCAUAUCUAUUCAAUCCAUCGAAUCCGCAAUCACCGGACAAUGACAAAUACGUUCAAUCUCAACUCAAAUUCAGUCAUUUCACAGAAAAUCUUAUCGAACAAUCUCCACAAAAUUCCGACGAUGAAUUCUUUCUCUUUCUUUCGUUAAUACCAGAAUCAUUACAACAAUUCUAUUAUUACUUAUUUCUCGAUCCCAAUAACAAAACUGAUUCAUUACCACCCGUGAUUCUAUUAGUACAAUGUUUAAUAUCUCUAGAAGAUCUUGAUAUACAUCAUCCAAAAUUUGUUCAUCUCCUAACAAAAUUGCAAUUCAAGUGCGAAGAAUAUAUGUUGGAAAAUUAUCUUCUCGUUCUUCGUUCGAACAAUAAUUUCGAAGAACUCAUCGAAAUCGAAUAUCAACGAAUUCAUCAUGCAAAUCAAAUCAAACGAAAUGACGAAAGAAAUUGGAAACUAUUUGCGGCAUUCAGUUCUCUUAUUCGACUUUUUCAAAUUGAAAAACAUUCCAAGAGAAACAUCACAUCUUCUCUCCUCAAUACAAUCACAAAUAUUAUCGAUCCAAUUUUACAAAUCAUCAUUUUUUCUGUCAUAUUAAAUAAGAAAGAUUCAUUGGAUUUGGAUGAAAAUCAAGUCAAUCAAUUCGAAUUGAAAAUCAUUUCUUUACUGAAAUGUUUUUCACCAUAUCUUUCAUUAUUAACAUUAACCUUCUUAGUUCUUCAAUAUCACAGACGAGAAGAAAUUGUCUCAAUACUCUUUCCAAAAUUGCUUCACAUCAUUGGAAAUCAAUUGAAAGAAAAUCCAGUUCGGCAAGCCGUGUUAAUUGCAUUACAACAAAACCUAAAUGAUUCAAUUGCCCCAGAGCAUUUGUCCUAUUCGUUCGAAUUCAAUUCCUCUUUACUAUUUCAAUACUUCACCAAUACCCAAUCAUUUCAUCCAACGAGUAUUCCUGUUCUUUCAUUGUUAUAUCUAAGAGAAUUAGCAUUUGAUGUUCAUCAUUUACAAUUUUAUUUAAAUGUUGAUUUCAAAGAGAACAUUUUCCCUCCAGAAGAACUCAAACAACCGUCAAAUGACGAAAAUAUCAUGACAUAUACGAAAGCCAUAUCGAUUACGAACUAUAUGCUUCAAUCGGGCAAACAUAAUCUUCCUCGAGUCAUUGAAGAUGUAGCGUGUUGUUGGGUGAUUGAAGACGAAGCUUGGCCAAUCAUCAAAACAUGGCUUCAAUAUCGACACGAUGAAGAUUUCAAAUUUUUUGCACAUUAUGUCGCUUUACAAUUAUUUAUUAAACAUUCCGAUGUUCCCGAUUUAGUGAAAAUCAUCCACGAAAUGUUUUGUAUCGGUCAUAUAUUUCAUGGAAAUCUUUUCUUAGAAGAAAUAUUCAAUUCAGAUGACAUUGAUUCACUUACGUUUCAGCAAAUUGUUCAAAUAGCUUAUGAAAAUCUUCAAUCUUUUUCUGGCAUUGAUAUUUGGAUUGACCGGAAAGAAACUUUGGAAUUACUUCUUCAAUUAGAGCAUGAUCGAAUUCUUGAAAAUAAGAAGAAAAACUUAUCGCAGAUUAGAACAAAAUCAUUUUUGUCAAUGAUCAGCGGCUGUUCACGUGAAUUACAAAUUUAUCUUAAAGAUCAUUUACAUUCGAUUAUUACAGAACAAAGUGAAAAUAUUUCUCCAGAAGAAUAUGCUGCGACUGUUAUGAAAUGGAUUGUCGAAAUUCAAAUGGCAAAUAGUAAUAACAACAUCUUUUCGAGAGAGUUGUAUGAAUAUGUGUUUACAUAUCUUCAUGAUCGUUCAUUUCCUCAGAUUCAAAAGGCGGUUCUUCUUGGUCUCUAUUCGGUAUUUAGUCAUACUCUCGAGGAAAGUCACGUCUUUUUCAACAUUGCCGUUGUUGAUCAUUUCGAGAGAAUCAUUCUUUCGAACAAUUUCUAUUCAGACAAUAUUCUUGCGCUUUGUUUAUUGGUUUACGGCAAUCAUUUACGACAGUUACAAUUAGACGAAAUCGAUUAUAAUGUUUCAGAUGAAAUUCAACUUUCACUUACUGAACUUUCGAGCUCAACAUCAUCAUCAGAAAUGUUAAUACCGAUUAGAGCUGGAUUUUGUUUAAUAUUUGCUAAAAAAUGGUCGAUGGAUUCGAUUUCAAUGUCAAAUGUAUUCGGAAACAAAUGGGAAAUGACGAUUGAGAAAGAAUACAACAUACUUUUACAACAAACAUUGUAUGAGAGAUAUUAUAGAUACAGAGAGAAUAUUAUUCAUUUUAUAUCCAUUCAUUCUACUGAGAUUCUGGAAACAUUUGUUACUGAACUGAAGAAUUCUUUAGAGAAUAGAUCUUAUCUGUCGGAUCCACUUCCUGAUUACAUCGAAAUAGCAAAUCAAUUCACUAAAGACAAUUUAGACAAAUUCAAAAAUGCGAUGCAAAAGAUUUCGAUGAAUGAAACAGUGCUUAUGACCAGUCUAUACAAAUAUUUUUACUAUGCAAAAGAAGAAUAUGAAUGUAAAAAUAUAAUCAAACUUUACGGAAGAUUUGGUAUCAUAACAAACGAAUGGGUUAAAAUGUUAGAAAUGACUGAUGUAACUGUCGAUGUCGAUGAUAACUACACAGUAUUUGAUCGAGCAGUUGUUGAAGAAUUACUUGGCAAAUUAGAGUGGAUUAUGUGUUAUACAAAACAUGACUUGGGUUUCAUUGUAUUCGAGAUUCUUAUUAAACUGGCUAAUGCUCAUAUUGUGUCCAUAUUUGAAAUUCAUCAGCGAAUUUCAAUUAUGGUGAAGAAGUUUUCUGCGAACAAUAACUUUCCGAGUAGGUUUCGUCACGAUGAAAUUUCUCAUUUAUUAUCAAAUCUUAGUUGCAUUGAAAAAAUACCAAGGAAUUCUAUUGAACCGAAACUUCUUCGUGAAAAUGAUAUUGACAAACAAUUUGAAAGAGAAGUUGAACGUCUGAAACAAUUAAAAUUAUCAUAA